AUGACCAUAGAGAUGACUCGCAAUAUUUGACGGAGACAGGUUUUCGAGGUUAUGUUUACUGCAUUAUUUGUCGAGUCAGUUAUCUAAUUUUAGUCUUCAAACUUGUGUAUUAUCUGAAAGUCAUUUGCAUUUUGCAUAAAAAUGUUGGUUACUCUAAAAACUUUGCAACAGCAGACAUUUCAAAUUGAAAUAAAUCCAGACGAAACUGUCAAAGCCCUCAAGCUCAAAAUUGAAGUCGAAAAAGGUAAAGACUAUGCUGCCGACAAUCAAAGACUUAUUUAUGCGGGUAAAAUACUUGUUGAUGAUAAUAAAAUGAGCACCUACAACAUAGAUGAAAAGAAAUUCAUUGUUAUCAUGGUGACAAAACCAAAAGUUCCUGAAGCGGCCGCUUCAGCGUCGGCGCCCGCUGCAGCGGAGAGUGCAUCUACUGAGAGCGGAGACGGCAAGGACACCAAGCCGGCGGAGGAGGCCAAGCCGGCGCCCGCCGCCGAGCCCGAGCGCGCCCCCGAGCCCGCCGCCGCGCCCGCCAACGAACCCGAGUUUGAAGCUACUGUUCAGAGUAUCAUGGAUAUGGGUUAUAGUCGCCUACAAGUGGAGCAAGCCUUGCGAGCCUCUUUCAAUAAUCGCGAAAGGGCUGUUGAAUAUUUAAUAACAGGUAUACCGGAAGAUCUACUCCAAGAACAUGAUAUUGAGGAAGGUACAGAUGAAGAUCCAUUGGCAUUUCUUCGUGAUCAACCUCAAUUCCAGCAGAUGCGAUCAGUCAUUCAACAAAACCCAAACUUACUCAAUGCAGUGUUGCAACAGAUUGGGCAAACUAACCCGGCCCUGUUACAGGCCAUUAGCCAGCAUCAGCAAGCCUUUGUCAGGAUGCUAAAUGAACCUGCUGUGGCAUCGUCUGGCGGCGGCGGCGGGGGGGCGGCUCCUGUUGUAGAAGACAGUGCUAUGGAGGCCUUGCAACCUCCUACACAGCCACAGAAUGUAAUCCAAGUUUCACCCCAAGAUAAAGAAGCUAUUGAAAGGUUAAAAGCUCUUGGGUUCCCGGAGCAUAUGGUAAUACAAGCUUACUUUGCCUGUGAGAAGAAUGAAAACCUUGCAGCUAAUUUCUUGCUUUCACAAAAUGACUGAGUCGUUAUUUCUAUUAAUUAAAGCUAUUGUUUACAGUGGAGAGGUAAAGAUGUAUGUAUGUGCUAAGUUACAUCAAUAGAAAUAGUUCACUGCUCAUAUAAUUUCUCUUAUAUUUUUACAGAAUUCAAAAGUUAUUGGCUGAUAAAAUUCUUAUUGUUCAAUAAAACUUUUCUUUGUGACUA